CUCUUUUUAUUUUAUUUUAUUUUAUUCUAUUCCAUACCUUAUCUUCUGUUGGCUGAGCCAAUCAAUACCUGACUCUAUCAUGAUGAGAUCUAUACUUCAGUUCACUGUCUUUGCUCUUCCGUUUGCUGUUGCUGCACCGGCUCCUGCUCCGCAAGCAAACAAUGUACGUUCAAACCUCAUUCAUUUCCAGUUCUGUUCUCUCUCAACAAGUCCUUUCCACAAUUCUACUCGUCAUCAUCUCUCCUCUCCCCUCUCUCCUCUUCCUCCUCCAUCCAUCCAUGAAAAAUCAGGUUCUGACUAACUCCACCACCACACAGCUCGGCUCAGCAACCACCCAAAACGGCCUCACAGCCGGCGGCGGCUGCAAAGCCAUGACUGUGAUCUUCGCCCGCGGCACAACCGAGCAAGGGAAUGUAGGGAGCCUCUCUGGGCCGCCGUGGUUCGACGCCAUGGCUCAGAUGGUCGGCGCGGAGAAUCUGGCUGUGCAGGGUGUGGAUUAUCCUGCGAACGUCCAAGGCUUCCUAGCAGGAGGUGAUAAGAAAGGAAGCGCGAAGAUGGCGCAGCUUGUUCAGCAAGCUAUGACUGCGUGUCCUGAUACGCAGGUCGUGAUGGCUGGAUACAGUCAAGGAGGACAGCUCGUCCAUAAUGCUGCGGCUAUGCUUCCUGCUGCUACAGCUGCGAAAGUCUCGUCAGCCGUCAUCUUCGGCGACCCCAUGAACGGCAAGCCCGUCGCCGGCGUGUCUGCCGCAAAGACAAAAAUCAUCUGCCACAACGGCGACAAGAUCUGCGACGGGCAGAACCAGGUCCUGCAGCCGCAUCUGACGUACUCGCAGAAUGCGGAUGAGGCUGCGCAGUUUGCGGCUGGGGCUGCGGGGUUGGCUUAGGAUAGAAUGGAUAGAUAGGGAGAUGGAGGGAGGAGGGUGAUGGUGGGGGGUUGAGCUUGAGGAAGAGGUUGAGCGUGGUAGUGGUAGCGGUACUGAGGAAUUGGGGUGAGAAGGGUUGUGGAGCGCUUGGAUUCUAGUUUGUUGUAUCAUAUAUUAUUGCAUCCGAACUUGAACUUGAUAUUGGUGUUUUGGAAUUGACGUAUGGUUUCGCUGGUGUGCUCCUACAGUUUAUUACUGCUCCGGACACAACAAUCGGAGGACUUGCAAGCUGGUGCUUUGUAGAAAGUGGUACUCUGAAUCCUCGGUGCUGCUAGUACCAGUAGUAUCACUCCCUCUUUCGACAUAUCCAUAGCGGGUUUCCGGGAGUGCAGGGUAGAAUUGGCGCACGGGGUAAAUCUGCGUUAAGCGAGGAUGUCGCCAUGGAACCGUCAUCGUCGUUGUAUCCUCUGCGUCCAUGAAAACGGGCGUGGUAUCCUGAGACUAUCUCUGGCAGCCCACGUAGCUGUGUAAUCACAUCGCCGAGCCCUCAAUCUCGCUUCACCUUGACCACCUUUUUUGACAUUUGACUUUUGUAAUUUACAUUGCUUUUGUCUUCCGCCAACAUCAAUCCCUCACAUUCCACG